UCAGCGAGUGGACCAAUCACUGGAAUAUAGUAUUAUUGUUAUUAUUAUAUUUCAUGGUUUAAGCACUCGUUGACUGAAAUCAACACUCAACACGCGGCCGACAGUCCACAAAUUUUGAAAUCUCAACGACCGUAUAGGAACGAAUCUGCUAAACACGCCACAAAACGAUGGUCAAAUUCGUAAUUGAAGAUUCAUUGAGAUCGUACUGUAGAGUAUUGUAUAAAACGUGAUUGAAAGAAAUGAGCCAAUUUAUAAACAUACAAGUUGGACAGUGCGGAAACCAGAUAGGCUCUGCUUUCUGGCCAUUGGUAUUGAAUGAGUAUGGAAUUCAGACAAUGAGCAAUGGCAUGGACUUAUUGAGGAUGCAAAAAGAUCAUGUCAAAAAUACAAAAGACCUCUCCGAUGCGUUCCAUAGUUUUUUUCAUGUUCCUGAAAGUGUGGGAGACUUGUCAUUUAAAACAAUAUAUGAUUUGAAUGCUGCAAAAGUUAAGGCGCGGGCUGUUCUUAUUGAUAUGGAAGAUAGUGUGGUAUCUCGGUUCAAACAAGGACCUUUGAGAGGGAUAUUUGAUCAGAGUUGUUCCAUCACAAGUUAUCCAGGAUCUGGAAAUAAUUGGGCAGUUGGUUAUCAUGCACAUGGUACAGAAUAUCGAAAUCAAAUUGAUGAAACUAUAAGGCGGGUCGCGGAAAAAUGUGAUUCUCUUCAUGGAUUUUUGAUAACACAUUCGGUCGGUGGUGGUACUGGUUCGGGCCUCGGUACUGCAACUUUAUCUUUCUUGCAGGAUAGUUACCCUCACGUUGACAGAUUUGCAUCCUGCGUCUUUCCAGCUGGCUCUGAAGACGUUGUGACAGCACCGUAUAAUGUAAUUUUAGCAACGAGGGAGCUUAUAGAUCAUGCUACCUGUGUAUUUCCAGCUGAAAAUAAGGCGCUUUUGGAGAUCUGUAAUGCACAAAUGCUCAAGAGAGAAAACGCUGAUCAAGCUUUAUAUAAUGGUACCUGUCGACCUUUUCAGGACAUGAAUAGCAUUAUUGUUAAUAUGCUUUUACAUUUGACAAGUGGUUCAAGAUUUCCUGGUAGUUUAAAUAUGGAUAUGAACGAAUUAGCGACCAAUCUAGUUGCUUAUCCCACCCUGCAUUUUGUAUUCAGCAGUGUUAGUCCAGUUGCUUUAACUGCGUCAACAAUGACGACUAUCCCUGGCACAAAAAUGCAGGAUGAGCUGUUUAUAGAUGCCUGGUCUAGAAGUAAUCAAUUACUAAAAGCAGAUCCCUUCAGUCCGGGAUCUGUGAUUUUGGGGGCUGCUCAUAUCGCACGUGGUACUACUUCAUUGACUGACAUGAGGAGAAAUAUUAGAAAAUUUCAGAACAAAGCUAAAUUCACGGCAUGGAGUAAAGAAGCCAUGAAAAUUGGGUUGUGCUGUGUACCACCUUUUGGACACACUGCAUCACUUUUAUGCCUUUUAAAUUCAACAGCAAUGUCGCGUAUGUUUGAAACUAUUGUGCGACAGUUUGAUAAACUUUACAGCAGGAAGGCCCACAUACACCAUUACUUAACGGUGAAUGGUUUUGAAAAUGAACAUUUCAUCGAGAGCAGGGAAUCUACAUUGAACAUCGUAAAACGGUAUCAAGAACUGCAAGGGCAGCAGCCAAUAAAAGUUCCUCGACUGCACUUGAAAUAAACUGCCUGUGGAUUAAGAAUAAUAAAAAUCUGCUCAAUUUUGAAUAAAAGUUAUCAAUAAAAUCUGUAUGUAGC